AUGUCUACGUCUUCAACUCUAAAUAUAAAUGAUGAUGAAACUACUUUUGAUAUUGCGAAUGAAUCAGUAAAGGAUAUUAAUAAUAAAAUGGAUUUUAAACAAUCUUUAAAUGAUAAUAUUGAACAUAUGGAAAAUAAUUCUGAUGAUAAUUCUUCUGAAACAGAUUCUUUUGAUGAAUUAAUACAUAUUGAAGAUAAUGAAGAUACUGAGGACUUAGAUGAUGAAAAUAAGAUUACGAAAAUUAUAAUUGAGAAAAAUAAUAAAAUAUAUUAUUCUACUUGUGCAAUUAUGAUUAUAGAUCUAAAAACUGAAGAGAUUAAUAAAUGCCAAAACCCAAGUAUUCAGAAAUUAUGGCA